UGGUUGGUUACAGGUGGCGCAGUCAUCAAUGGAACGGUACUGGCUGAACUCGAAUAAAUUGGCGAUAUUCGUUGAGGAUAGCGUUGCGUUGUGGACAGAGCACUGGGAUGGUAGACUGAGUUUGCAGGCACAGAUCAGGGAUUCAUGUUACGAGAAUGUGCUGAGCGAUAAAAUGGCACCCAGACUGAGCUACACGGUAUUCACGUUGAGGAGUGGUGGAGACGUGACCACAUUGAAAGAUUUUCAUUUGGCAGUACAUCGGAGCCUUUAUUCGGGGGGUGUGAGUCUGCCGGAUGAGGUGGUAAUUCGACACCCGAUUUGGACGACAUGGGCAAGAUACAAGCAAGAUAUAAGUGAGGAUAAAGUGCUGCAAUUCGCUGAGGAGAUAUUGGAGCAUAAGGCAGCGAUAUCGCAGUUGGAGCUGGAUGACCGGUGGGAGAGGUCCUACGGCGAUUUUGAGUUUGAUUCGACGAGAUUCCCGAAUGUGGAGAGGAUGUGUGAUGUGCUGAGGUCAAAGGGCAUACGACUUUCAUUGUGGAUUCAUCCGUUUAUCAAUUUGGAUAGUAAUAAUGCGAAGGAUAGGAAUAUUUGGGGAUAUAUGGUGCAGACGGGAUAUAACAAGGAACCAGCUCGGGUGGAUUGGUGGAAUAAGGCUGCAUAUGUGGUGGAUUUCACGAAUCCUGCAGCGGUAUAUUGGUUUAGAGAGCGAUUGGAUGCGUUGAAAAAGUUGGGUGUGUACUCGUUUAAAUUCGAUGCCGGAGAGGUGACAUAUUUACCGAAACGAUUCCGGUUGUGGCGGAAUGGGGCAAAUAUUAACGAUUAUCAGCGAUGUUAUGCGGAAAUGGCCGCGGAAUUUGGGAAUGCAGUAGAGGUUAGGGUGUGCUCGCGGACGCAGAGUCUGCCGAUAUUAGUGAGGACAUUGGAUCGUCUUUCGACGUGGGAUAACGCAGGAUUGGGGAGUGUUCUGCCGAUAGCACUGAAUUAUUCACUGCACGGAUAUUACUUUAAUCUGCCGGAUAUCUUGAAUCAGUUGAUGGUGUGUAUGCAAAUGUCGAAAGCGCCGUGGGAUCCAAUGUGGUGGCUCUCGGAUAGUGAUGAGGCGUUGAUGUCGAGUGAUCAGUUUGUGAUAAACGAUCGCGUAAUAGUGGCUCCAGCUCUGGAGAAGGGGAUGACAUCGAGGGAAGUUUACUUACCCGCUGGGAAGUGGAGACACGUCUCGGGAAAUUUGGGAGGUUCAUCCGGGAAUGGAGUUUAUGUGGGACCCGUACGGAUUAGGAUU